AAGAUAAAUGAUAACAAUGACAACUGUCAGCUGUCAAUUAUAAUUGUAUAAAUAUUUACUUUUUUAAAACCAUUCUCAAUAUUUAACAAGUUAAAUGAAAGUACUAAAAGUGGUAGUAUUAUUUUAUUAUGAAUUGGAACAAAUUACUCUGCAAUCGGAAUGAACUACAACUACGCGGCACUCUAAAUGGCGGUCAAAGUUUCAGAUGGACCCAUAAUAAAGACAAGGAUGAAUGGACGGGUAUAUUUAGUAAAACCGUAUGGAAAUUAAAACAAAGUGAAGACUUUUUACAAUAUCAAAUUAUAGGUUCAUUAAAAAACCCUCCGGAAAGUAUAAAAAGCAAAACGCGUAAAGACGCGAAUGAACCCAAUUUUGAGGUUAUGUUGAAAAAGUAUUUUCGUCUAGAACUACCAUUAACAAAAUACUAUGAGGAAUGGUCAGAAAAGGAUACAUUAUUCAAGACAGCUUGUAAACAGUUUUAUGGUAUCAGAAUGCUUGCACAGGAGCCAGUUGAGAAUCUUUUUUCUUUUAUUUGCAGUCAAAAUAAUCAUAUUUCAAGAAUAUCAAGUAUGGUAGAAAAGUUAUGUACUUUUUAUGGUGAAGAAAUAUGUGAAUAUGAAGGAGUAAAAUAUUAUUCAUUCCCCGAUGUCAACAAGUUGUCUGGGUCACAGGUGGAACAAAAGUUAUGUGACCUAGGUUUUGGCUAUCGGGCGAAAUUUAUACAAAAGUCAGCUGCACAAAUUGUUGAAUGGGGCGGCGAGGAAUGGUUUGACACCUUGCAGAACAUGAAAUAUAAAGAUGCCAGACAAGAACUUAUGAAACUGUGCGGCAUAGGUCCUAAGGUAGCUGAUUGCAUAUGUUUGAUGUCACUAAACCAUCUGGAAGCAUUACCAGUAGAUACUCACGUGUAUCAGAUAGCCGCACAUAAUUACUUACCGCAUCUGAGGGGAAAGAAAAAUGUUACCGAUAAAAUGUAUGCAGAAAUUGGUGAUCAUUUUAGACAACUUUACGGUGACAUGGCCGGUUGGGCUCAUACGGUAUUAUUUUGUGCCGAUUUGAAAAAGUUUCAAACUGAUACAUCUGAUAUAGAAAACAGUAAACCAAAGAGGAAAAGGAAAAAAUAA